UUGUAAUGUAAUCAGAUAACUCUCUUGCGAUUAAUAAUCCAUCGCAAGUACUGCGAUGAAUCAGUUUUUUUUUCCACGAAUUGUGAAUUAGAUUUAUUAGCUUAGAAUUUUCCAUUAGUUUAUCAUGGCAUACAAAGGAUCAGCCAUUGUAUUGGUGCCUACAGAUUCCAAAGAAUAUUCUGUUAAAGUCGAUGGCCGUGUUUCGUUUGUCAAUCGUUAUAUGAGAGUUACACCUUACGAUAUUGGAAGACGGAUUAUAGCUUCCCUCGGACCUCCUUGUAACAAGAAAUUUAAAAUUGAAAAUGUGGAUCUAGUAGGGCCCCUUUUAGCAGUCUUGUUUCUAAUUGCAAUUCUAUAUUAUGGAUACAGAAUUAAAGACCCUUCGGCUACAGAUUCAAUUCUGGCUCCUGUAACUUCAGUACUGUUGUACAUUGUUCUGAAUCCCUGUCUAGGUUUUGUGUUAUGUAAAUUGGCCCGUGCCAGUAUCGCGUUCUGGGAUUUAGCUGGGUCGUUGGGCUAUGCCUUGUAUUCUCAUCUUAUAACGUUAAUUCUGAGCGUUCUAAUAUAUCAAGAAGAAAGUAACGCCUUCUUUUUCCUAUGUUUAUUUCUAUUUGGAGGACUAAGUGCUCUUAGAGUAUGCAUCAUUCUUAUAACUAGUAUACCCAAACCGGCCUUUCGACUUUUAGUUUGUUCUACAUUAUUCGUAAGUCAUUUGUUAUUCUUAAUUUUCUUACACUUUGCCUACAUGCAUCCCACGUUUAUAUAUGGCAAAGGCAGCGACAAACGUAUAUCCACAAAAAUACAUACAAAUUUGUAAUUGAAAUUUUUAGAAGAGUCUCCAAAAUAAUAAGCAUACUUGUGAUUUCUUUAAUAUCCUUCGGCAUCGACUGUGGUACCAAGUAAAUUAAUUUUUUGUAUUGUGUUAGUAGUAUAUACAGCUAAUUGCGAGCAGACUUUGUAGUUUGUGGAGAGUGUUUUAAAUUCAAUUGUUUUUAGACUACACCACAAGAUUUAUAAUCAAUUUCGAUUAUCUGAUGUAAUUUUAUUUAUAUAAAUUUGAAUUUGCAUCUGAUAUCUGUAUAUUUUUAUCAAAAUUCACUAAAACCUGUUGUAGAAACUAACCAGCCGUAAAAAAAAUUCUCUUUCUAAUCACACCAUUGAAAUUAAAUAUUGAUCAAAGGCCUGAGAUUACGUGAUACAUCCAGCAAAUUUAAGCCACUAACGAACUGUGAUGUAAAAAGAGAAGUUAUUUCCAAUGUCAGAUUGUAUUAUGUGGCGUUUAUUGGAUAUUAUAACAAGAAAAACACCAUAAUUACAAGUAUUAAGAUCAGUCCAGUUUUACUGCUCAUAAAAAUCAACUUGUUUCAAAAUAAUGUUGUUAGUUAUAUAAAGUAACGAAAUUAUAAUAAGCUACAUAAUACAGUACGUACGUUUACAGUAUUCUUAAUCUUUUAUCCGUUGUAACAAACUGGGCAGAUGAAACCUAAUGUAGCAAACGUGAUUAUCAUUAAUACUUUAUAUGCAUACUAAAUACUUUCAUAAAGAAUCAACAUUAGAAAUCCAACCCAUAGAUCAAGCGUAUCUCUCAAAAUUCCUACUAUCUACAUAGUAAUUUUAAUAUUAAAAUCAUAAUCAGUCAAAGAAAAUAAUCCAUCUAACAAGCAUUCUUCACCAGUUAUGGUACCUAUUCAAUCAUAUGAAAAAUAGUACAAUGAAUCACAAAGUAUUAUACUCAUAUACCUUACAUGUGUGAUAUACAUACAGAACCACAGUUUUAUAUUUAGAUUAUACGGCCAGGACAAGCGCAAUAGAAGUAACUCACAGUUAACAGAAAGAAGCAUUUUAAGUCUACAUUGAUACCAAAAAUAGCUGUUUUCACCCCAUAUCUGAUGAUGCUACAGCAGUAAAGAAAGUAUGAAAUCAACACAUAUUAUCCAUGAAAGUACUUUCAACAUAAUGCAGUCAAAUGUCACAGAAUAAAGCUAUAUGCAGAUUUUACUGUCACACCAACUGUUUGGGUAACAUAUCUAGAAAACACAAACAGACUUUUAUUGCUGCGAAAUCAGAUUUCUGAAAUUCAGGCAUUAAAAAUUAUUGUUUAGGAGUAUUGGAAUGAUAUGAGAAACUGCUUGGUGCAACAAAACUAGCUAAUACCGUUAAUUAUUGUAAUAUUGAUUCAAUAAUUGAGCGGAACACUAUAAGUCGUUUGCAGAGACGAGGUGUCUUUUUCCUGAAUAAGUUCGGAGUAUUUUAUUCUUAGAUUUUGAACUAGGGAACAUACAGCUGUAAGAGUGUUUCUUUUUGAUAUGCAAUGCAAAUUGCGCUUUUAUAUUUGUUUGAAAAAAUUUUCCAUACAGGUAAUCUAUUCAAAAAAAGGUGACGUGUAAAGUAUAUCUUUAUCAAUAUAACAAGGCUGGAAUAUAAUUACAAAAAUUUUGCUACAUGUUGCCUCGAAUAUUUCAAACUUUUUUUGUGUUCGGACUUUAUAUACAUAUUUAUAUGUAUACAGGUAUUCGAUAUGAAAUGUUGAAUUGUAACACCCCCUUUGCACUUUAAAGAAAGUUCUAACUUGUGCUGCUAUGGGAAAGGAAACGCAAGCUUU